CGCAGGAACAUGGAGAGCGAGCGCGACAUGUACCGCCAGUUCCAGGACUGGUGCCUCAGGACUUACGGGGACUCAGGCAAGACCAAGACGGUGACCCGUAAAAAAUACGAGCGGAUCGUCCAGCUCCUCAACGGAUCCGAGUCGAGCUCCACCGACAACGCCAAAUUUAAAUUCUGGGUCAAAUCGAAGGGCUUCCAGCUGGGCCAGCCGGACGAGGUCCGCGGGGGAGGCGGCGGCGCCAAGCAAGUGCUCUACGUGCCCGUCAAGACCACGGAUGGCGUGGGGGUAGAUGAAAAGCUGUCUUUACGGCGGGUCGCCGUGGUGGAAGACUUCUUCGACAUUAUCUAUUCGAUGCAUGUGGAAACCGGGCCAAAUGGAGAACAAAUUCGAAAACAUGCUGGACAGAAGAGAACUUACAAAGCAAUUUCAGAGAGCUAUGCCUUCCUACCAAGAGAAGCGGUGACUCGAUUUCUAAUGAGCUGCUCAGAGUGCCAGAAAAGAAUGCAUUUAAAUCCAGACGGAGCAGAUCAUAAAGAUAAUGGAAAGCCUCCCACUCUGGUGACCAGCAUGAUUGACUACAACAUGCCAAUUACCAUGGCCUACAUGAAGCACAUGAAAUUGCAGCUGCUCAACUCCCAGCAAGAUGAGGAUGAAAGUUCAAUAGAAAGUGAUGAAUUUGACAUGAGCGAUUCAACACGAAUGUCAGCUGUGAACUCUGAUCUUAGCUCCAAUCUUGAGGAAAGAAUGCAAAGCCCCCAGACUCUUCAUGGCCAGCAAGAUGAUGACUCUGCUGCGGAGAGCUUUAAUGGCAAUGAGACCCUGGGGCAGGGUUCAGUUGCUUCAGGGGGAGCACACAGCAGGGAGAUGGGAGACGCCAACAGUGAUGGCAAAGCGGGGCUAGAGCAAGAGGAACAGCCACUGAACCUGAGUGACAGUCCCCUCUCUGCGCAGCUGACUUCGGAAUACAGAAUAGAUGACCACAGCAGCAAUGGGAAAAACAAAUACAAGAAUAUUCUAAUCUCUGACCUCAAGAUGGAACGAGAGACCAGAGAAAAUGGAAGCAAGUCUCCUGCACACAGUUACUCAAGCUAUGACUCUGGCAAAAAUGAGAGCGUAGACCGAGGCGCUGAGGACCUGUCACUCAACAGAGGGGAUGAGGAUGAAGAUGACCACGAUGACCACGAUGAUUCCGAGAAAGUGAACGAGACAGACGGCGUUGAAGCGGAAAGGCUGAAAGCUUUCAAUAUGUUUGUCAGGCUGUUUGUAGAUGAAAACUUGGACCGAAUGGUCCCAAUCUCUAAGCAGCCCAAAGAAAAGAUCCAGGCUAUCAUUGACUCAUGCAGGAGACAAUUCCCUGAGUAUCAAGAGCGUGCCAGAAAACGCAUACGUACUUACCUCAAGUCCUGCAGGCGGAUGAAAAGAAGUGGUUUUGAGAUGUCUCGACCUAUUCCUUCCCACCUUACUUCAGCAGUUGCCGAGAGUAUUUUGGCUUCAGCUUGUGAGAGCGAGAGCAGAAAUGCCGCCAAGAGGAUGCGUCUGGAUAAGCAGCAGGACGAGUCUGCUCCUCCAGCUGACAAGCAGUGUAAACCAGAGGCAGCCCAGGCUACUUACUCAGCAUCAACUGUUCCAGGCUCACAGGAGGUGCUAUACAUCAACGGCAAUGGGACCUACAGUUACCAUAGUUACAGAGGGCUAGGAGGUGGACUGCUAAAUCUGAAUGAUGCUUCCAGUAGUGGACCCACCGAUCUCAGCAUGAAGAGGCAGUUGGCAACUAGCUCGGGAUCGUCCAGCAGUUCAAGCUCCAGACCGCAGCUGAGUCCAACCGAAAUCAACGCUGUGAGGCAGCUUGUUGCAGGAUAUCGAGAAUCAGCUGCAUUUUUAUUGCGUUCUGCAGAUGAACUGGAAAAUCUCAUUUUACAACAGAACUGAGUCAAAUGAUGACCGUAUUCACUGAGUUCUAAAUUUGCAGUUUCCACUAAUGACAUUUUGAUUUCCCAGCAGAGAUACUUCUGGUCUUACCGCACAGUCUUUUAAGAGAAAUACUUCCAUUAUGCCACAUUGUCCCUGAUCCAUAGUGAUGUGCUAAGGUGCUUCAAAGGAACUCUGACCUCUGAAGUACUUGAGAUACUUACGUGUGUCCAGCCUAUUGCUUUUUGUUUUAGUGUGUCACCAUAAAUAUCACUGGCAAACAAGGCUGCAUAUUCUUAACUCAAGGAUAAAACAGAAGAAGCUUGUGGUUUCAAAAAAAAAAAAAAAAAUAGUUCAAGAUCCAACUGAAACAUUAGUGGAAUUUGCUACUGACUCAUUGCACUGAAAGCUGAAUUACCUGGCAAAAAAAAAAAAGCCAAAUUCUUGUUGCUACAGAAUAUUACAACAAUGAAAAGGAUCUUGUAUUUUAAAAAAAAAUGUAAUUUUUAUAAAAAGAAAACUUGUUUUUCAUUCAGAAUUGUCAUUUUUACUUUGGUAACUUUUUCAUAGGUCCUAAAGGAAAACUGUUUUGAGAAACUACUGUAAGUCCUUUUUCCAUAUCCCUUUGCCUUCUCUCUUUCCAAAUUCUUUCUACAAAAAAAAUAACACUUGAUGCUGGAAAAACCCUUGCCUACGUUCUUUAAAUUGUCACAUCAGGAACUACUUUCAAGAGAAGCCUGCGAUUCUGCACUAACACUGGGCUCAAAAAAAAAAAAAAAAUCCACUCCAUACUGCAACUUUACCAUAGCAGUUUUCAUCACAGGAUUUUUUAACGUUCAUGUUCAAAGAAACUUCACACUUGGUUCCUUUAGAGCUGCUCACCCCUGAUUGCCGCUGCUGUCUUACAAGCAUCCCUCUAGCAGCAACUGGAUGUAGAUGACUGAAUGUCGAGAGGUUGCAAGCGACAAUCUGAAAAUUUGCACUCUUGUGUGUAGUUUUCUUUUCAUUUUUCUCUUUCAGAAAUAUUUCCCAAAAGACCGUUAUGUCUCCUGGUAUGAUUUGUAUAAUUUGCAGUUUUAGCUAAAAAUAAAGAACUGUCAGCAGAAGCAGCUGCACCUUACAACGAACUUCCCCCUCCUAUUCUCCAUACGUUGCCCUUCUUUCUUCAUUUCCAGUGUUGGAUACACUCGAGUGAUGUUUUCUUUGUGCACCGAGGCAAGCCUAUUUUAAAAUAUUUAGGAAGAAGUACUUUAGUUCAUACUUCUUGUAUAAUUAUUUAUUUCUGUCGAUGAGCUUUGGUUGGAUUACAAAUUUUUUGUGCAUUCCUGAAUUUGCCUUAUUUCAUGUAAAGUUUAUGUCAUUCCAUUUUUGACAAUGAGUUGAAGGCAUCAGUGAUAUUUCUUAUCUACUUGUUACAUAUAGUUUUUCCAGUAAUGACUGUGAUUGUGACCAAGUAAUGUGCACUUUUUCUUGUAACUGUGGACAUUGCUAUGCUUUUUUUCUUCUAGUGUUUCUAGAAUUACUAUUCCUUACAGUUACGUAAACAAAAAAUGCAAAAACAAAAAAAGAGAACUUUUGUGAUACUGUUGGUGAAUAUAAUGUGAAAAUCUUAUUGAAAUAUGAGUAUUUUGGAAAUACAUAGAUGCACAAACAUCUUUUAAGGUGUGGAUUUAGAGUUUGCUUAUUUAAAUGAAAAAUCAAAAAUUGAGGGCUGGUAUAAUUUUCUCUGUUUUGUUUGGUUUUAAUAAACAGAUUUCUGUGUUAAA